UGGUUUAAACGCCGAGGCCCGCGCGACCGCUGGAGAUCGUGUCUCGGAAGAGUUUGGCUGUUGUUCCCGACGUAAUCCAGAAUGGCUACUCUGAUCUAUGUUGACAAGGAAAAUGGAGAACCAGGCACCCGUGUGGCUCCUAAGGACGGGCUGAAGCUGGGGUCUGGGCCUUCAGUCAAAGCUUUAGAUGGGAGAUCUCAGGUUUCAACACCACAUGUUGGCAAAAUGUUUGAUGCUCCACCAGCUUUACCUAAAGCUACCAGAAAGGCUUUGGGAACUGUUAACAGAGCUGCAGAAAAGUCAAUAAAAACUAAUGGACCCCUCAAACAGAAACAGACAGCCUUCUCUACCAAAAAGAUGACUGAGAAGACCGUUAAAGCAAAAAGCUCUGUUCCUGCCUCAGAUGACACCUAUCCAGAAAUAGAAAAAUUCUUUCCCUUCAACCCAUUAGAUUUCGAGAGUUUCGACCUGCCGGAAGAGCACCAGAUUGCACACAUGCCCUUGAAUGGAGUGCCUCUCAUGAUCCUCGAUGAGAAGAGGGAGCUUGAACAGCUGUUACACCUGGGCCCCCCUUCACCUCUGAAGAUGUCUCCUCUACCGUGGGAGUCUAAUCUGUUGCAGUCUCCCUCAAGCAUUCUGUCGACCCUGGAUGUUGAAUUGCCACCUGUUUGCUAUGACUUAGAUAUUUAAAUUUCUUAGCACUUUAUAGUCUGUGGGUAUGUAUUAAUAGUUUGUAUUAAUAAAGCAAUUCUUUGUUUAACAAACUCUU